GUAAACCUCUACGAAGUCACCCCUCAGCCUCCAAUGCUCUAUGGAAUAAAAUCCCAGCCUAUUCAGCACAGUAGACGAGAGAAAACCAAUGCUCUUUGAGAUUCUCCAAGUCGAAAUCCUAAGGGAAAUAGUCCAAUCAGAAAAGCUGCUGGGGAAGCCUUGCCCAUUGGCUAUCAGCCUACUGAGGGCAGUGUAGCCCAGCCUAUCCUCGAUGAGGGUGAUCUCAUAACACUCGGGUGUCAAGGUCAGAGGUCACCACUCCCAAACCUGUCAACGUAGAAACAAGCCUUAUUAUGUAAUCUAUGUUUAGUGUAAGCAUCGCAAAUAGAUCCCUUACUUCACUUCCCCUUAAAGCCAACACAAACUUGUUUGUGCCUCAGAAUGAAUGGAACUGCUUUGUGACCUCAUAAGGAGUUGGCCAAUUUGGAAAGUUCAGGUGAAGGUUGGCAACUGGAAGUGGCCAAGCUCUUUAUAUUUCACUGCGAAGUUGCUGCUGUCAAUAUUAUUUUAAAACAUUUGGGCAUAUGUCUAUAAAAGGUGAUGGGGUGGGAGCGUGACACAAAGGAAACUUCACAACUGCAAAUUAUUACAGCAGGUGCACUGAUAGGACAAGUUGGGUCAUCAGGGUAUUGCCUUAACAAGAUGGCCGUGUAACAUGUCGGGGAGCAAACUACUAGCACAGUUAGGUUAUAAACUGGGAAAAACUAUAGGAGAAGGCAGCUACUCCAAGGUUAAAGAGGCCAUUUCAAAAAAGUACAACAAAAAUGUUGCAAUCAAAGUGGUCGAUAGGAAAAAAGUUCCAAAGGAUUUUGCCAGUAAGUUCUUGCCGAGGGAGUUGGCCAUUUUGAGAGGGAUCAAGCAUCCUCAUAUUGUCCAUGUCUAUGAGUUUAUUGAAGUUCGCAAUGGGAAAGUCUACAUUGUCAUGGAGCUGGUCUCUACAAAUCUUCUACAGUUGAUCCAACAAAGAACCUGUGUCUCAUGCCAGGAAGCCAAGUGCUUGUUUUCUCAAAUCACCAAAGCCAUCAAGUAUCUUCACGAGCGUGACAUUGUCCAUCGGGAUCUCAAGUGUGAGAACAUCCUACUGACAGAGCAGAUGCAGGUGAAGCUGGCAGAUUUCGGAUUUGGGAGGAAGAGCCGAGGCUAUCCGGAGCUCAGUACUACCUACUGUGGCUCUGCAGCCUACUCUCCUCCUGAGGUCCUCUUGGGGGUCCCUUACGAUCCCAAAAAGUAUGAUAUCUGGAGCAUGGGAGUCAUCCUGUAUGUGAUAGUUACCGGGUAUAUGCCAUUCAAUGACUCCAGCAUCAGCAAGUUACCAGAGAAACAGCUUAUGGGUGUGAUUUAUCCAGAAGAGAUUAUGCUAGAGGAGAAGUGCCAGUCUUUGAUAGAGAAAUUGUUAACUUUCAGUCCACCGAUGCGUCCAACGGCUAACCAAGUUACAAGACAUGCAUGGUUUAGAGAACGCAAAUAAAGGAAUAUGCUCUAAAGAGGGUCAAUACAAGAGCCUUGUUGCAUUAUUCCAGCAGAUACUGUUCUAAGUUUUCUAAGAUGGUAAGUUGGUUUCAAAGAAACGUUUUUUUGAACCAGACUUUGGUUGUGAACAACAUUAAAACUGGGUAUAUGCACAGAAAUUGGAGCUGGUUAACAAAACCAUGACCAAUCUAUGACAUUUUUAUAAUAUUCCAAUAUCGCAAUUUACUUAGCACCCAAAGUGACCUCUGACUUGAACGUAUAACGACCAACUGACUACACCUCUCAGGAGAAAGUGAGGACUGCAGAUGCUCGAGAUCAGAGUUGAAAAAAAAGUGUGGUGCUGGGAAAGCACA